AUGAUACGUCGUGUUCUUCUGUCGCUCGCUUUGCAGUGCAUGGUCACCGGGACCAUUGCCGACACUCUUUCAAACCACGAACGUGGCCUAUUUGACUCCAAUCCCGAUUUCGAUUAUGUGGUAGUGGGUGGUGGCACUGGCGGAAAUACCAUUGCCACUCGACUGGCGCAGAAGAAUUUCAAGGUCGCUGUGAUCGAGGCUGGCGGAUCGUAUGAGCUCGAGUCGGUGGCCGAGGUGCCCGCGGCGGACGUGCUCCCAGUCGGAUCCGAUCCUAAAACAUCGGCUGCUCAUGACUGGGGAUUCGUGGCUGAAGAUGUGCCGGGCGCGAAUGGCCGGUCCAUUCACUAUGCCCGAGGGAAGUGCUGGGGUGGUAGCUCUGCAAUGAACUUUAUGAUUUACCAACGGCCUACCAUCGAGUCCAUGGAGCAAUGGGCCAAUGCCGUCAACGAUAGCAGCUAUGCCUUCGAUCAGGUGCUCCCAUACUACAAGAACAGUGUCAAGUUCACGCCCCCAAACACCCAAGUUCGGGCCAAGAAUGCGUCCGCUUCCUACGAUGCCAGUGCGUAUGAAUCUACUGGCGGUCCGCUGAAAGUGUCCUACGCGAACUACGCGAUGCCCUUUUCGACGUGGAUGGACCUUGGUAUGAAGGAAAUCGGAAUUAAGGAGGCAGAAGACUUCAACCUAGGCUCGCUGAUGGGUGGCCAGUUCUGCGCGUCAACCAUCGACCCCAGCAGCGAGUUGCGGAGUAGUUCCGAGGCGUCGUUCCUAGCCAACAAGCCCUCCACCCUGACUACGUAUUCCAACACGCUGGCGAAGAAGAUCCUCUUCAACAACCAGAAGCAGGCCACCGGUGUGCAGGUCAAGGGCCCCAUGGGCAACAUCUACACCAUCAAAGCGAACCGGGAAGUCAUCGUCUCUGCCGGUGUCUUUCAAUCUCCCCAGCUGCUCAUGGUGUCUGGAAUUGGUCCGCAAGACCAACUUGAAGAGCACGGUAUCAGCAUCAUCUCCAACCUUCCUGGCGUCGGUCAGAACAUGUGGGAUCACCCGUUCUUUGCGCCGUCGUACCGGGUCAAUGUGCAGACCUUCACUGCCAUCGCCACGGAUCUCCUGGGCAUCAUUGGACAGUUCCUCAACAUGGUUGCGAUGCGCACAGGACCACUUACCAACCCAAUCGCCGAUUACUUGGCCUGGGAGAAGAUUCCGGCGAGCCUGCGGUCAGCAUUCAGCAGCCAGACUACGAAGCAGCUGGCCACUUUUCCCAGUGACUGGCCCGAAGCGGAGUAUAUCUCCGGAGCCGGGUACAUUGGCAACCUGUCCAACCUGCUCACCACUCAGCCCAAAGACGGCUAUCAAUAUGCGUCAAUGCUCGCGGUGCUCAUCACCCCUACCUCCCGAGGCAACAUCACCCUGCGCUCUGCCGAUACCUCCGAUCUGCCCGUCAUCAACCCCAACUGGCUGGACACUCAGGCGGACCAGGAAGUUGCCAUUGCCAUGUUCAAGCGCGUCCGCGCGGCCUUUCAGAGUCAGGCGAUGGCGCCGGUCAUCAUUGGCCAGGAAUACUUCCCGGGUGUUCAGGUGCAGUCCGACGAGCAGAUCCUGCAGUGGAUCAAGGACAAUGUGAUGACCCUGUGGCAUGCCUCUUGCACCUGCAAGAUGGGCACGUCUGAUGACGAGAUGGCGGUGGUGGAUAGCCAGGCUCGUGUCUAUGGAGUCCGGGGUGUGCGGGUCGUGGACGCCUCUGCGUUUCCGUUCUUGCCCCCUGGACAUCCUCAAUCGACAGUUUAUAUGCUGGCGGAGAAGAUCGCCAAUGAGAUCAUCAAUGGGGCGUAA